UCAGAUACGGCAAUCUGGUUUCUGCUGUGGUGCCGCUAUCCCCGAGGGAGCAGUUUUACCAGUUGAAUCCUUCUCUAGUCUGUCUCCUCGGUCCGUUACCCCCUUUCACAUAUGCUACCUUAGUAUUCUGGAUAGUACUUCGAUAUAUCCAGCAGAGGGGCAACGAUCCAAGAAAUAAAGAAACGGCCGGGGAAUUCACGCCGAGCAGAAAAAACCAAGCCAGCCUGGACCUAGUCAGCCCAGCCGUUUCCUUUCCAACCCGCCUGAUUGGCAGCGUUUGUUACCCGUCCCAAUCCGCGUCGCUGGGACCGGGCAAAUGUCCACCGACGCGCCAUAUUCUUUUCAAUACUCCCUAAGAUACGCACUUUCUCAUAAAAUUCAUACUCGCCCCAUCGACUCUGCCGGGCCAACAGGACGUCACACAAUUGUUGGAUGCAAUGCGCAUCUAGUUGGCCCUCGAGAGGCGGCGCAUGGACUUUUGACGCCCAGUUCCCGGGCCUGCGGAACCUGGGCCCAAACCUGACUGCGCAACACUGCAGCCGCGCGAAUGUCUUGCCAGAGAUUCAUCGACCCCCCACCUUGCCACGACUCUUAUAUUCUGUGACACUCGUCUUGUUUUCUUCUUUCUUGAAGAAGAACAAUAAAGAACGUGCCAGAACAACAUGGAAGGAAACCCCUCUGCCUGCUUCAUUCCCUCUUCUGCUCAUACCCUCCCCCUCUAUUUUGACUAUCGUAUGUCUUGGGCCCUUGUUGUUUUCAUCUCCCCCUAGAGCCAUGCUGUAUUCUCAGCUUACUCCCGAUAUGAGCCUUUUCUUUUGAACAAUCAUCUCAAGCCAAGGUUUUGCUCUCUGGAAGUUGACUUGGAGAAGACCCAAGCUCAGGGACCCAUGCCCCUCUGCUGACCAUCACUCUCAAACCCCCGCAAUGUGUCUGUAUAACCAGCUUACUCUUUGUAGCUUGUUUCACAGGGCAUGAGUUUGACAGUUGGUAGCAGUGAAUACUUUGUGGAUGACAGAUGAGACAAGACAACAUGUCGUUGUUUUAAGCACAAUGUCGCAUUUAGAUCCCCGAGACUCGG